GCGAAGCAAACGAGAAGGAAAGGCACAAGGGCAGGAUUUAAGUUUGGGAGCAUUGUUCCAGAAGGGGAGAAGUCCUGGAAGAAAAAGGCAGAGAAGGGAGUAGAAAGGGAAGGAGAUUAGGGGAGACUCCAGGCCUCUCUCCCCAUCCCCCAGAGUAAGAUAAAGACUAGAGUCCUGAAAGGUGAUCUCAUCACACACCGCCUGAGCUAGGAGCUAGAAAGGUACCUCCACUUACUAAACCUCCUUCCUCUACUUAGACAGGCUAUGGGGGUGACCAAGACGGCCAACAGAAAGCGAAGGCUGGUUCCCUUUGAAGACUCCCUACCACCACCAUCACAUCUGCCACCCAUCACAUAUCUUUCUGGGAUUUCUCCAGGAAAUCAGGCAUCAUGAUGAAGGCACUGAAUUGGGGGGCUGGCCAGUUGGUCAACUGCCAAAUCCAAGAAAGGGCCAUAACAGAGACUUCCAAACCCUACCUUAGAGAGAAGCUAGAGAACUGAGACCUCAAACUCCUGUGCUUUCCACUCUACCAGUUUAGGAAGGGGCAGCCGCGGAACUCCCGCAGCCAGCGAAGCUGCUCCAGCAGGCUGCCUGGAAGCACUCAGUGCCUGGGCUGCAGAGUCCCCAAUCCAGCUGGCCCGAACCCAGGCACCCGGUGGCCCCGGAAGGCAAGGGGGAAUCCCUGUUGGAUGGACGCCAGAGGAGUCCCUUGUCUCUCGACCCCAAAGCUUCUUUCCUGAAUAAGUGAGGGAGACCCCCACACACACUGUUCAGGCUCCCUCCACCCCGCAGAGGUGAUUCCUUUCCUCAUUAGGAAAUUCUCUGCUCCCUUUUUCCAACUCCUUUUCCGAGCGUUUACGUUGUACAUCUGGAAAGGAGGGGGAGGAGGGAGGGGAAGCGGAGAGGAGGGCGAAGAACCCGAGCCCGCCCAGUCUGAGCCAGGCCAGACCACCGACCUCCAGCUGGGGCCGGAGCCAGGGGUUCAGAGGUGCGGCCCCCCACGCCCCUUCGGGGUGCGGGGCGCGGCCUCGGCGUCCCGGGGACCCAGGAAUGUCCCCCCGCCAGCCGGCCCGGCGGCCGGGGGGAGGGCCCAGCCGGGAGUUUGGCAAACUCCUCCCCGCGUUGAGUCAUUCGCCUCUGGGAGGUUUAGGAAGCGGCUCCGGGUCGGUGGCCCCAGGACAGGGAAGAGCGGGCGCUAUGGGGAGCCGGACGCCACGGUCGCCACCGUCUCCUCUCCACGCGGUGCCGCUGCGCUGGGGGCCCCGGUGCCUACCGCCGCUGCUGCCGCUGCUGCUGCUCCUGUGGCCGCCGCCACUCCAGGUUGGGGGCUUCAACCUAGAAGCGGAGGCCCCAGCGGUGCUCUCCGGGCCCCCCGGCUCCCUCUUCGGCUUCUCCGUGGAGUUUUACCGGCCAGGAAGGGACGGGGUCAGUGUGCUGGUGGGAGCGCCCAAGGCUAACACUAGCCAGCCAGGUGUUCUGCAGGGUGGUGCUGUCUACGUGUGUCCCUGGGAUACCAGCCCUGCCCAGUGCACCACCAUUCAAUUUGACAGCAAAGGUUCCCGGAUCCUGGAGUCCUCACUGUCCAGUGCCAAGGGAGAGGAGCCUGUGGAGUACAAGUCCUUGCAGUGGUUCGGGGCAACGGUCCGAGCCCACGGCUCCUCCAUCUUGGCAUGCGCUCCACUGUACAGCUGGCGCACAGAAAAGGAUCCACAGAGUGACCCCGUGGGCACCUGCUACCUCUCCACAGACAACUUCACCCGGAUUCUGGAGUAUGCACCUUGCCGCUCAGAUUUCAGCAGCGCAGCAGGGCAGGGUUACUGUCAAGGGGGCUUCAGUGCUGAGUUCACCAAGACUGGCCAUGUGGUCCUGGGUGGACCGGGGAGCUACUUCUGGCAAGGCCAGAUCUUGUCCGCCACUCAAGAGCAGAUCUCGAAGUCCUAUUACCCAGAAUACCUCAUCAAUCCUGUACAGGGGCAGCUGCAGACCCGCCAGGCCAGCUCCAUAUAUGAUGACAGCUACUUGGGAUACUCUGUGGCUGUGGGUGAAUUCAGUGGUGAUGACACAGAAGACUUUGUUGCUGGUGUGCCCAAAGGGAACCUCACCUAUGGCUAUGUCACCAUCCUUAAUGGCUCAGACAUCCAGUCCCUCUACAAUGUCUCAGGAGAACAGAUGGCCUCCUACUUCGGCUAUGCUGUGGCUGCCACUGAUACCAAUGGAGAUGGGCUAGAUGAUCUGCUGGUAGGGGCACCCUUGCUCAUGGAGCGGACAGCUGAUGGGAGACCUCAGGAGGUGGGCAGGGUUUAUAUCUACCUGCAGCACCCAGCUGGCAUAGAGCCCACACCCACCCUCACUCUCACUGGCCAAGAUGAGUUCGGCAGAUUUGGAAGCUCCUUGACACCCCUGGGGGACCUGGACCAAGAUGGCUACAAUGAUGUUGCCAUUGGGGCUCCAUUUGGUGGGGAAACCCAGCAGGGAGUCGUGUUUAUAUUCCCUGGAGGCCCAGGAGGACUGAGCACUAAGCCUUCCCAGGUUUUGCAGCCCCUGUGGGCAGCUGGCCAUACCCCAGACUUCUUUGGCUCCGCCCUUCGAGGAGGCAGAGAUCUGGAUGGCAAUGGAUACCCUGAUCUAAUCGUUGGGUCCUUUGGUGUGGACAAGGCUCUGGUAUACAGGGGUCGGCCUAUCAUAUCUGCCAGCGCGUCUCUCACCAUCUUCCCCUCCAUGUUCAACCCAGAGGAGCGCAGCUGCAGCCUGGAAGGAAACCCUGUGUCCUGCAUCAACCUUAGCUUCUGCCUCAAUGCCUCUGGAAAGCACGUCCCCAACUCUAUAGCUUUUGAGGUAGAACUCCAACUGGACUGGCAGAAGCAGAAAGGAGGGAUUCGACGGGCGCUGUUCCUGGCCUCCAAGCAGGCCACCCUUACCCAGACCCUGAUUAUCCAGAACGGGGCUCGGGAGGACUGCAGGGAGAUGAAGAUCUACCUCAGGAAUGAGUCAGAAUUCCGAGACAAACUCUCCCCGAUUCACAUCGCCCUCAACUUCUCCCUGGACCCCAAUGCCCCCAUGGACAGCCAUGGCCUCCAGCCAGUCCUACACUACCAGAGCAAGAGUCGGAUAGAGGACAAGGCCCAAAUCUUGCUGGACUGCGGUGAGGACAAUAUCUGUGUGCCUGACCUGCAGCUGGAUGUGUAUGGGGAGAAGAAACACGUGUACCUGGGUGACAAGAACUCACUGAACCUGACGUUCCAUGCCCAAAAUUUGGGUGAGGGUGGCGCCUAUGAGGCUGAGCUUCGGGUCACAGCCCCGCUGGAGGCUGAGUACUCAGGACUCGUCAGACACCCAGGGAACUUCUCCAGCCUGAGUUGUGACUACUUUGCUGUGAACCAGAGCCGACAGCUGGUGUGUGACCUGGGCAACCCCAUGAAGGCAGGCUCCAGUCUCUGGGGUGGCCUUCGGUUCACUGUUCCUCAUCUUCGAGACACAAAGAAAACCAUCCAGUUUGACUUCCAGAUCUUCAGCAAGAACCUGAACAACUCACAAAGCAACAUGGUCUCCUUCCCGCUCUCCGUGGAGGCUCAGGCCCAGGUCUCCCUUAAUGGGGUCUCCAAGCCUGAAGCUGUGCUCUUCCCAGUCAGUGACUGGUAUCCCCAAGACCAGCCUCAGAAGGAGGGAGACUUGGGCCCUGCUGUCCACCAUGUCUAUGAGCUCAUCAACCACGGCCCCAGCUCCAUUAGCCAGGGCAUGCUGGAGCUCAGCUGUCCCCAGGCUCUGGAAGGCCAGCAGCUCCUCUAUGUGACCAGGGUGACAGGACUCAGCAACUGUACCUCCAACUACACCCCUAACUCACAGGGCCUGGAGCUGGAUCCCGACAGCGCCCCACACCACCUGCGGAAAAGAGAGGCUCCGGGCAGGAGCGCUACCACCUCAGGGCCACAAGUCCUGAAAUGCCCUGAAGCCAAGUGUUUCAGGUUGCGUUGUGAGUUUGGGCCACUGCACCGCCAAGAGAGCUGGAGUCUGCAGCUGCAUUUCCGAGUCUGGGCCAAGACCUUCCUGCAGCGGGAACACCAGCCAUUCAGCCUGCAGUGUGAGGCUGUGUAUGAAGCUCUGAAGAUGCCCUACCAGAUCCUGCCUCGGCAGCUGCCACAAAAGAAACUUCAGGUGGCCACAGCUGUGCAGUGGACCAAGGCAGAAGGCAGCAAUGGUGUCCCGUUGUGGAUCAUCAUCCUAGCCAUCCUCUUUGGCCUCUUGCUCCUAGGUCUGCUCAUCUAUGUCCUCUACAAGCUUGGCUUCUUCAAACGCUCCCUCCCGUACGGCACAGCCAUGGAAAAAGCUCAGCUCAAGCCUCCAGCCACCUCAGAUGCCUGAGUCCUCCUGAUCCCAGACUCCUGAUCCUGAAGAGCCAGUCCCUUACCUGCCAACAGGGAGGGACCAGGCACUUCCUGAAGGUGCUGAGGGCUGGGGAGAAGCUGUUCUCCCUAGCCCAGAGACAUACUUGAAGGGCCAGAGCUGGGGGACAAGAAGCUGGGGAUCCUUCCCCCCAUGCACUGUGAAGGACCCUCGUUUACACAUGCCCUCUCUUGGAUGGGGGCCUCAGGUCCAGGGACAGAAGCCCCAGCCUUCCUUCAGCCUUUACAUUUUGGAGACUUUCAUGAAGGCAACUUGGAGCCGUAAUUAGGGAAUCCAGUCAUGGUUCUGUGGGCCAGGCAUACCACCAGGACUUCCCGUCUGGUUCCAGACUGCAAAGAUGUAUCUUUGGCCUUCCCAGAGAUCCAAAGAAAGCCUGCAGCUAAGAACCGGAGACUUGGGGAGUGAGACCUGGCAGCUCCGAUAGCCCCCAUCCUAGAGGGCCAAUAAAGAACACUAACCGUGGAUGGUGCUGCAGGACCAGCUCAGGACAAAUCCCAAACAAAGGUCGAUGCUGGCCCAGACCCAGGUCCAGGGGAGUCAGAAUGAGAAUGGAGCCAGACCCAGUCUGGGGCCUGGGAUUGAUCUGGAGCCCAGUCUCAGAUUUUAAGAACGUAUGCUCACAGACCCAGGAUGGCAUUUGGGUCAGCUGCAGACCUGGGUCUAGGGCCCUAUUCAACCCUGACUUAGGAGAAGUCAGGAAUUGCCCAGGACCCUAACCAGGCCACAGUGGCAACAUAUCUGGAACCUCAGCUUGGCCAAACAGGCUCACUCAUUCCCCAGAGAAUGGGGAGCCCCAGGCCUGCCGGACCUGGGUUCUGCCCACCAGCUGCACUGAUGCUGCCCUUCCCUCCCCACCCACCCUUUCCCUCUGCUCCAGAACCCACCCCCAACUUAUUUAAACUCUGUUGCAAGUGCAAUAAACCCCACCCACUGCCCCCACUGACCAAAGUUGCAGUCUGUCCUUCCACCCUACUUUCCAAACUAUCCUAGACCCAGAAAGCAGGGUAAAAAGGAAAUGUCUGUCUCCCAUGGGCCUAUUCCCACUAGGAGCCAGGAGUGAGAUUCCUCCACCCCACAAACUUCUAGAUGAUUAAAAGACAGUGAAAGGGAGCUAGGUGUGGUAACACAUGCUUACAAUCCCAGAAUUCUGGAGAUGGAGGCCAGAGAAUCAGUUCAAGGUCAUCCUUAGCUACACACUGCAUAAUAAUUUCAAGGCUUGCCUGGACUGCAAGAGACCCAAGGGAGAGAGACUAGAAGAGGAGAAAGGAACCUGCAGUGGCGGCACACACCUUUGACCCCAGACCGGGAGGCAAAGGCAGGCAGAUCUCCGAAAUCAAGGCCACCUGGUCUACAGAGUGAGUUCCAAGUCAGCCAGGGCAGAAAAGCCCUGUCUCAAAAAAAAAAAAAAAAAAAAGUGGGAGCUUGUCUGUUGUUCCUCAUCCAGUCCCCACCAGAUCCAGACUUCCCUACCACCAAGGAGCAAAGAAAGAAAUCUCUCCUCUUUAGGAUUGAGAAUUAUGGAAGAAUGCAGAGAGGUCCUGAUGAAAGGUGAGGGAAGAUUGCAUAAAACACUCACCUGGGCUUCCCUUAAAUCAGAAAAAUAAAACAGAAGGAAAGCCUGUUAGUUUUUUCUGUUUGUUUUGCACAUUUUGUGUGAAUUGUGGGAGGGGCCACAUGCCACAGCACAUAACGGAGGUCAGAAGACAACUUGGAGGACUUGUUUUUCUUCCAAGUGAGUUUAAGAAUCAAACGGGGCAGGGGCAGUGGUGGCACACACCUUUAGUAUUAGCACUUGGGAGGCAGAGGCAGGCAGAUCUCAGUUCAAGGCCAGUCUAGUCUACAAAGCUAGUUCCAGGGCAGUUAGUUACACAGAGAAACCCUGUCUUGGGGAAAAGAAAAAAAAAAAAAGAAUCAAAUUCAGGUCUUGGUGACAA